AUGUUCUCCCGAACAACGCUCGCAAGAGUCUUCGCUCUACCCUGGGAGCAGCAGCACAACGCACUCCUGCGCCCCAGCUUCCGCGCCUGCCUUCACCAAGCCACGAACACAAGCAGCAGCAGCAGCAGCAGCACAUCACACCCCGAGAGCCCACUCAGCGCCACACCACGGGCCCAAUCCUCCACGCCUACCGCACAAACUCCAUCCCAACCUUCACAGGAUCAAGCGUCACCCGUACGCCUCACCAAAUCCCUCCUCGAGAAACUCCCCUACCUCACCUCUCAAAAACCGCACUACAUCACCGCGCACCUCCACGCAAAACCUUACCUCCUGACUGCAGGCGACCACCUCCGCCUGCCGUUCCUCAUGCGGGGCGUGAAACCGGGCGACAUCCUCCGCUUCAACCGGGCGUCUGUGCUGGGUUCGCGCGACUUCACGCUCAAGGGGGCGCCCUAUAUCGAUGAGCGGCUGUUUGAGUGCCGGGUGAGGGUUAUGGGUGUGGAUGCGGAGCCGUUGCGGGUGAAGGAGAAGACGAAGCGGAGACGGCGGCAUGUGCAGAAGGUCAAGAGCAAGCAUAAGUAUACGCUUUUGCGGGUAAUGGAUGUCAAGGUCAAGACGGCGGAGGAGCUACUUGAACAGGGGGCGGUGGUUGUUGAGGGGGAGGAUGUGCCGAAGAUGGAAGCUAAUGCUUAA